UAGCAGAGUUGCAAAAGGAUACUGCUUCCGUACUUUUGGCUACAUUAAACGCUGCUGCGCAUCGGAUCAUCCUGUGUGCUUCUGGGAUGAACCUGCUUACUAGCCGUCUAAAGCAUUGUUUGUACGUACUAUUUCUAUGAAUUUCAUUGCAUGGUCUGUACAUAGCUCCCACCACGAGUCCCGAACUAUAGCGGUCGGCCGCACGGCAAUCGUUCGCGAUGGGAUACCCGGCGUGUUGAGGUGUGUUGUUACAGGGUACCGUCCACCAAGCGGUUGAACUUUCGGCAGGUCGACUCCCAGACCUCGUCCCACUUCAUCAUCGCCAGGCCUCUCUCCAGUGUUUCCUUCCGUUGCUUCCGGAUCCGGAGCGAUUCCUGCCACGCGCUCUUGACCUCGUCAAAGGUAAAGCCGCGCUCCUUCACCAGAAUGUUGUGCCGUUGCUGCAGGGUCAGCUUGAGCUGGCGGCGUUUCCUUCGCGGCGGCCUCGUCUGCUCGUAUUUUUCGAGCAGUAUGAUCUGGCGCGCCGAAUGGCGGGGUUCGGCUAGUUCCCCGUCCAGCAUGACAGGUGGUCCCGUCGUCGCGGAGGGGUGGUUUCCCAGGGUCAUCUUCAGGUGGCGAAUGUCCACGUUUUGAAAUCGCACCGAGUGCCGUUGUUGCGUGUCUCGGCUUGCACCGGUAGCAUCGUAGUUGGACGAGGAUCGUAUCAGUAUGGGUUGAUCAAAGUUUGUGGUUCCUGUUCCGUCUGCAGCUCGAUUGAGAGGAGCGCUAGCGGGCGGAUACAUGCCGGGAGAACUGUACCUCGGCCUGCGCAGCACCGACCUUGGAUGGCCUGCCUCCGUGCUGUCGCCGAGGCACGUCCCGUCCACGACCGGCAGGUAUCCGGCACACGGCACGGCGCAGAGAUGUUCGAUUAUGUCGUCCAGGUCGGCUUGAAACCUCUGUUUGUUUGGGUGCGAAUCUUCCGUUUCGUCUUCCAGGUGCUCGUAGUCGAGGGCCUUGGGAUUCGUUUGGUUCAGGUGCUGGUCCAAGACAUCGAGGUACUCCAUCUCCUUCGAGUCUUCGAUCGAAACAAACACAUCGUUCGCGUUUACGCUGUUGGUGUCCGACAUGCUGUCCUGCCGUUCCAUGGAAAUGGGUUGCUGGAUGAAGCUCCGGUGUCGCGGACCCUUCAUUCCCAGCCGCUGCUUCUCCACGACACGCCUCAUGAGCUUCAUUUCGUUGGAUCCCUCGAUGAUUUCGUCUGUUGAAUCGAAGCUCCCUGCCUGGCUUCCGUCCAGCGGGUUCCUCCCGUCCCGGACAAAAUCGUACUGCGAAGGAUCGCACCGGUUCGUGACAUUCUCGUUCUUGGUGGUGGCGCUCCCGGGCGACACGACGAUCUGUGUCUCCUUGACGCUGUUGCAGUCUCCGCCCACCGCCUGGACUUCGAUUUCGAUCUCACCGAUGUCAAAGGCGCCGCAGCACAAAGAGUACUGCGAUUGGUCGUCGUUUAUUACAGCAGAGGGCGGCAUUGUUCCGUUCUGUGCUUGGUGUGUUCCUGCGAGCAAUCAAGGAUCCUUGGGAAUGGGGGUCCAGCGGGGUCCGAGCCACGAAUCUCGGGUCUCGUGCCGGAAUGAGUCUAGCGUCGCACCGGCGUAUCGUGUUGCACUGGCACUCUCUUCUUUGUGCUGCUUUCGUUCCGUGCUAUUCGGUUUGGUUUGGCUGGGUGGCUGGCUGGCUGGCUAGCAAAGAGAGGCCUGGCAAUGGCGUCCACAACAGCUUCGAAUUGCUGGGGCUAGGUCGCGGGACCGGAGGGUCGGCGUCUUGGUGGGUUUGCGGAUCAAUCGGUUUCGAUCCACGAAAGAAAAUAGAACGAUGGUGCAUUGGCGGUGUCGGUGCCACCCGGUGGGGCACGAGUCGUCGAGAGAAGGCGUUUCUUGCGGUGGCAAGCACUACACUAGCACUCACUACCACCGGUACGUAGUACCCGUACCGGUUGCUGCGCAAGAGGCGUGCGGGUUUUUACAACAACCCACGCUCUCGUUACAUAAGGAAAUUUUCGGCUGCAGAGCGUCUUUUUUCACUAUCGUGCACCGCACCCCAACGAAACGUACGAGUACGAAGAACAGAACUGUACAGUAGUUACACCUCCGCCUCGGGAAAAAGUUUUCACUGUCACACAAAAGGUUCCGUUAGAACGUCCCCUAAGGCGCAGCACGAAUGAAUAUUUAUUCGUACA